AUGAAGGGGGUAAAACGGGAUCUACGCGUACGAAGUCGCGGGCGGCCGCUAGUAAGUACUACGUACAGCUACACGCAGUACACGGAACGAGUCGGCACACUAGUGGGUCUCGUGGCGAGCGUGCGGCGAGUGGACGCCGCCGCCCUUCAGGAGUGCGCGGCGUUCGAGGCGCAGUCGCCGCUGCCGCUCGCCUGCCUGCUGCUGCGGCCGCCGCACCGCGCGCUGCGUCUGUACACCGUCGCCGCCGAACUGUACGCAGCCGUGGGAACGGCGGCGGCGGCGCAGGCGUUGGAUUUAGCCAAACGCGCGGGGGCGGCGGCGCGCUCGCAGCUACGUCACGCCGAGAACCACGCCGCACUCUGCCAGCUGCAGCGCGACAUAGUAGGUUACGAUAAACUGCUAGUAGCUGAUAGAGAAUUCGUCAGAUUAGGCUGCGUGUACAAACAUUCCACACGGGGACUGCAGCAAAGAAUGUUAUUUUUGUUCAGUGAUAUCUUAGUAGUGGCGUCCCGGGCGGGCGGCGGCCAUUUUCGAGCGCACUCGGCCAUUCCGCUUCAUAUGCUAGUGCUCAAACACGCCGACUUGCCGCAUUCCUUCGUGCUUGAAGGGGAAGAUGUUCAACUAUUGAUUAGUACGAGUAAUGACCAAGAGUACGCUGGGUGGACGCGGGCGUUCGAUGAAACUAUAACAAAUGCGCAUGAGAAUCCUACAGAAAUAGACACGGAAUUGACGCCUUAUGAACACGAUAUGGCGGAGGAAUCGUCGAGCGCAGGCGGCGCGGGCGGCGGCCUGGCGCACGUUUGCUGGCAUCGCGCUACGUCGCUUGCGCGGGAUCAACUACAUCUUGCUAUGCGGACGCAGCUGUCGGGCUACCUGCUGCGCAAGUUCAAGAAGUCCCCGGGCUGGCAGAAGCUGUGGGUGGUGUUCGCGCAGUUCACGCUGUUCUUCUACAAGGCCUGGCUCGACGACGCGCCGCUCGCCUCGCUGCCGCUGCUGGGUUACGGCGUGAGCGCACCGAGCGCAGGCGACGGCAUCGACAAAGACUUCGUGUUCAAGCUGCAGUUCAAGAACCACGUGUAUUUCUUCAGGGCUGACAGUAUGUUCACGUACAACAGAUGGGUGGAAGUCUUGCAAACAUCGAUGGUGCAAUCGGAUCACAAUUAGUUUUAAUAUCGUAAAAUAGUAUUAUUCAAUGUAAAUGUUUUGUCACAUUCUAAUUAUUUUUAAUGUUCGCCAAUAAAUUAUUAAUAUACAAAGACAAUACAAAAUAUUGGUGCCAUAGCGAUAUUAAAAUGUCUAUCAAAAUAUUUUAUUAGAUCAAUAUUAUGCAUAUAAAUCUUGCCCCCUUUUAUAGAUUUUACGAAAUUCUUGAAUAAAAUCUUGAUGUAUUGAAUUAAUAUAUUCACAUGAAAGUGCCUUUAUAGCAUUAUUUAGUCCAGAUAUUACUUUGUUGUAUUUAUAUUUAUUUAUGUUCGUAUAUGAGCACUAGUUUGAUUCCAGCUAGUACCUUAUUUAGAUGAAUUUACUAAAACGUGAUGUCACACAUUAGGUCUAAGUGUAUGUGUUCCAUUUAAAGGAAUUUGUCUUCGUGUAGCAGCUGUAGGAGUUUAUAUUUUUUCAUUCGGGUUUUAUCUUGUUGACUAUAUUGCAAUAAAAAAAAUAUAUGUCAGUUGGUACAUAAAUCGCCCACCAAAUGAACUUGGCAGUGCUACAAAUGAGUAUUUUAGGGGUAGUAAAGGUAUUAUAAAAACAGUACAAUUUCGUGUUAAGAAAAGUGUGUAAUGAACACAGACGAAAAGGUAUAAAAAUAAAUUGAGUUGAGAGAGUAUAGCAAUGCCCAAUGCUGUCAUGUCAUAUUCUUGUUCAUACAUUUUAAUAUUCCGGAACUGUUGAGAUAAAA